CGCUUCGCUCGGAUUUUCACCAUGUCACGAAAUAGAAUACCACUAGAAGAUAAUCAAAUAUCGGCUUUUAUAAAUGAAGAGUUGCAAUUAGAGGAUUUCGAGGAUGAUUCUGCGAGCGAGACCGAAGACUACGUGGAGGAAGACCAUGUUCAGGAAGACGAAAACUACGAGCUUUCGGAUUCUGAAGAUCUCCAAAUGGAAGAGCAAGUAAUUCCACCUGACCCUUCAUCAAUUGCCUCUGAAAGGCCUCCGUCUUCGCGAAUUAUAGAGCUGUCACAAGCCAGCAUUAGAGGUAAAAACCGUCAUACCUGGGCCACUUCUAAAGGACAAAGUUCCGCAAGAACAUCGAUAAGAAAUAUAGUUCGUACAUCGAGAGGACCUAGUCGAUCUUGCAGAGGACUGACAGGUGAGCUGCAUUGCUUUGAAAAAUUUUUUACUGACGAACUUUUUGAGGAAAUUGUAAAAUGGACUAAUGUGGAGAUCAAUGUAAAGAGAUCAAGUUAUGAAAGUAUUACAGCUACACAAAAAGAUACGAAUGUUUUAGAAAUAAAGGCACUAGUCGGUACCCUCAUUCUAUCAGCAGCUCUUAAGGAUAACCAUUUGACUACCGAGGAGAUAUUUAGUAAAAUAUUCUGUGGUAUUGGGUAUGUCGCCGCCCUGAGUCGAGAACGGUUUGAUUUUCUUGUGAGAUGUUUACGUUUUGAUGAUAGAAAUCUUCGCCUACAACUAUCACAAACUGAUCCGUUUACGCCAAUUAGAGCCAUAUGGAAUAUUUUGAUAGCACAAUGUCGUAGUAACUAUAUUCCUGGAACAAAUGUCACGAUAGAUGAACAGUUACUUGGUUUUCGAGGCAGAUGCAAAUUCCGUAUGUACAUACCCAACAAGCCAGCAAAAUAUGGUAUUAAAAUUGAAAUGAUGUGUGAUAGUGGAACAUAUUAUACAUAUGAUUGA